GCGGCAUUUUCAACGUUCCUCGAAAGAGCAGAACGGCGCCAGCGUAUCACAAAUAUUUAACAUAAACCUACGUUGAAGAAAAUGAUGGACAAACUUGAGAGUCCCUGUGGUUGCCGCAUUGAAAUUCUGUGCUCAGAGAAACGUCCUAAAACUGCUUGCCGCUGGAUGCAAUCUGUAUCCAUUGUUGAACUUGGUAAAGAACUGGGUACCAGUCCAGCAUCUUGGUUUGAAACUCUGAGUAAUAUCCAUGUGGACAAAAAAAGUCGGGUAUCUUCUCCUGCACUCUGGUCACCUUGUCCAGCUGGAGGAGUUCUUAACAUUUCAGUUUCAACCCCAUGCUCUUCCCUAAAAAUCCAAAAUGAUUCUCCAGUGCACAUGGACACUCCACUGAUGCUUAGAAGCUCCUCUUGUGAGUCUAUACCAGUACAGAAGGGAUGGUCGGUCAAAACAGAGGCUUUUGAUGACAGUAUGGAGAAUGGCUGUGAAAACCAGCUGCUGACUUUUACACUUGACAGUUCUAAUCUGUCAUGGAGCAGCUCUAUGGCAACACCUCGCGACAUGGCUUUUAAAAAAUUUCCUGUGGAUGCAGAGAGACAGAAGGGGCCAGCACGGGCUCUUUUUUCUCCUACUUCCUGUGGUGGGGACAGUGAAUUGGAUGAUGCCAGUCUGGACUUAACAGUUGAGCAAGAAGAACAGUCCAUCUCUUUAGUUUGUAUUGAGGAACCUGACACUUCGGAGCACACUUUAAAAUCUUCACCUGUCUCAAAUUCUUCAAAAACAUGUGAUUGUGUAAAUAAUACUGUUAAGAAUGGUGAAGCAUCUUGUGAAAUUUGUUAUUCUCAAGACAUUUUCCCAUCUGUGGCAGAGAUUGACUGUACAAAAAAUGCUGAGAGUUCUUUUGAAAGCUCUUUGACAGACACAAAAGAACCUCAUUUUACCUCAAAACAAAAGCUAUGCAAAGAUUGUGAGUCAGACAGUAAAGUAUGCAUUCAGACAAACAGGCUUUCAGAUUCAUCUGCAAUUGAAGUUCUUCAUAGUAAUCAGAAUGUGCUUGGAAAAGAAAUACGCAGUGAUAAGCAGAUUUACAGGCGUACAUCCACGCCAAAGACUGACAGGUCCAAACUCUGCAAAUUUGCACCUGAUGAUUUAGAUGAAGAAUCUCAACUUUCGAUGCUGCUGAUAUUGCCGUCUUCCACACCAUUAAGACAUUAUCAACCUUCUCUCCUGUCCAGCCCUGACAUUUUUCAGCCUGAAGAAAGCACAGACUUCACUAAUACAAUAGUCAAUGGAAGAGAUCAAAGAAAUUUUGUGAAGAAUGGGAAAGAAAUUCUACUGGCAUCAAGUUUUGUGCACAAACAAAAUGGAGUAGAUAAUACUAGAAAUAUUCAGUACUUGGGACCAACAUCAGAAGCCACAGUACUCGUGAACUCACAAAAUAUGAUAGAAGACAACACUAAUCCGCAUUGUUUGGAGAGUAGGUUGAGCAGGAAAAGAGGCCAUCCAAAAUUUCUGUUUAUGGAUGAGGAGAGCGAAAGGAAGACUUCCAUCGAUGAUUUCCUGGCUGACGUUUUUAGCAGCCCAGACACUGAGGCACGGCAGAGGCGAAGUCCACCCAACAGCUGCAAGAAGCAAAGACUGUCCAUUCAGCUGCACUCUAAGCAGUCAGCUCAUGGGAAUAGACUGAAGCAGGAAAGCAGUGUGAAGUCAGUUUGUGGUACAGAAGGAGUGAAAUCAGCUUGUCAAACAAAUGAUUUACGAGUAUGUUCCUCACAGUUUUCAAAACUUGUCACAACCUCUACAAAAUCUGGUGAAAGCAUAGUUGUGAACCAUUUGUUACCUUGUGUGGAUAACAAAUCUGUAGAAUGUUUGCUUAAGUUGUCUGAAAACGCUAAGAAAUUUCAAAAUGAGUGUCCAUCUCAUGACUUUGGCACGCCACCUUCCAUUCUAAAAUCUGGCAGAAAGAUGCAGACUUCCUCUUCCGUAAAGAGAGUACGGUUUUCUUUAGAAUGUGAUCCCUCUUCUCAUUCAGACCCUGGAGGAGACAGUUGGUUGGUCAAAAGGAGUUUGACAUUGAAAAGCAAGGGCCAGAUGUUUUCCAUCUUGAAACAUAGGUCAGGCACAGACACUGUAAAUACAUGGAAGGCUGAUGAUGUUGGCAAGACUGAAAAUUUAUCUUGUGCCUCUACUACUGAUUUAUCUUCGGUCUUCUUGGCACCUGAUGCGGAGAAAACAAAACAUGCACUGAACAUGAUGUUUGACAAUGUUUCUGCCAAAGAGGCUGAGGAUGAAUUUUCUCAAUUAUCAUUUACCUGUCUCCAGGAGAUGUGUUCUGUAAUGAACAGUUGUGAAGACUCCUUGACAGUCCAACAAACUCAUAACCAGGAGCCUUUUUUAAGCAGAGUAGGAGAGAAAACAUGCAAUGUCCAGGAGAAUGAGAUGAAUAACUUGGUGCUUGCUGAAGAGAAAAUAACUGAACAGUUCCAUAAAUCUGACACUGAGGGGAAUCUCAAUCUUUCUGUUGCUGAAGUAGUUGCUGCUGAUGGUGGAGAUACAGACUUAUUUACACUUUCUGUGUGUGAUGAGAAGAUUAGGAAAGUAGGCUUUUAUGAAGAGAUAUCCAAAGAUGCAUCUUCUAAUGAAAAUGUUUUAAAUAGAAAAGAUACUUGCAGAAAAAUUGCAGAAGAUACACAUAGAGGGAAGGUGCUGGAAGAAGAUUUUUCUGAAAAAUCCAUUGAAAGAAGACACCUGGCUGAAACCAACAUACCAGAGGUGCAGACUGAUGUUCACAUGGGGACAAAACAUGUAGCUAGUGAGGGGAAAAAAGUGUCUGACAUAGAUAAGGAAAUUGAAAACACAGAUAGUGUCAUGGAGAUGUGUAAGCAUAGUGCUAAUUUUGUGGAAAAAGUGUCUGACAUAGACAAAGAAACUAAACACACUGCUCAUUUGGUGGAGAAAGUUUCUGGCGGUGACAAUGAAACUAAACACAAAACUAUUGCAGCUGAGGUUGCACAACACAGAAUCCAUCCAAAGGUAUGUCUGAGUCUGAAGAAAGGAAAGAAGUUUCUGUAUCCAAGUUCCUCACAGAUACGAAACACUUGCCCAGAGAACGUCUACAGCUUUGCAUCUUUCAAGCCCCUGUCUAUGGAAAAUGCCAGGCUUCCUCUUUUAAAGACAAAAGAUGCAGCAGACUGCACAUCUGUGGUCAUUCAUGGAUCCAUAGCAAGAGAGCAGCAGACUGCAACUGGAACUGAUGUGUCAGCAUGUGGCAAGCAGGUUGACCUUGGUACAAAUCGCAAGAAUCGGGAUGAAGAGAGUAGAUCAUCUCAGGCUGGGGAAAUGCUGGAAUCUGCAUCUGGUAGCCUUGAACGGAUAGCUUUGUCAGGAAAGCCUCUAGUUGUCUCCGGUAAUGUCCUCAUUCAAGAAGGGGAUCCAGACUGGGCAGAAUUUGAAGAUGAGAUGAACUGGUCUAACUCUGAAGACUGCUUAACGGAUGAUGGAGAACAUGCAGUGGUGGAUCUCUCCAGGUCAGAAAUAGAGGAAGAUGAGAGACUGAUGUGUGGUAUAGGCAGUGAAACAAAAGACGAGAGAUUGGUGUGUAAUAUAAGCAGCAAAGCAGAUAAGAGAUGGACAUCUGGUGGUGCCACCGUGAUAGUUGAAAUGCAGCUUAAUUUUGAAGCAGAUGCAUUAUCUGUAACAGGUCCCCCAUGUGCUGGCAUAACACCUGAACUUGUAAUGGAAACAAACAUGGAUGAUACAGACAUGGACAAUAUAAAUACUGUAGAGGAUGUACACAUGGAGGGUGCAGCCAUAGACAGCAUGAUUGAUGUCAAGGAUGUAGAUACAAGCAAUAGUGUAGUUGGUCCCCUUCUACAUGACACAGAGUCCUCAUUCAAGAAGAAUCUAGCUUCAGAAGAGGGAAAAGAUGAUUUAUCUUUUGCUUUAGAGUGUCUUGAUGAAAGAGAAUUUUUUCCCCAAAUUAUGAAGGAGGUGAGUGAGAAAAAUGUUGACAACACUGAGAUAAGGGAAACUCAACAAUCACCUAUUGCUAGGUUUAUGUGUAAUAGACAUAAGAUAAGUGAAUUGUUAACCAGUGGCCACAUUGUCACAAAAGCUCAGAAUAACAGUAAAAUCUCCGGUCUCUCUGACCAGGGUCAGUGCAUUGGGAAAUACGGAGACAACAGUUAUUGCACUACCUCUUCACCUGCCAUUUCAGUCAGAUUUACAACUGCUGAUGCUGAGAGAGUGUGUGACAGUGCUUCUUUGUUAUCAUGCAUGGAUAAAGAGUGUUUGGGGUUUUCGUCUGCUUCAGGAAAGAAGAUAGUUUUGUCGGCUGAAGCAUUGAACAAAGCUCAAACUUUGUUUCGUAAUGAGACGGACAGCAAAUAUCUUGAGUCAGAUUUGCUUACAGACACUUCAGAUGACAGGCUUGGACAAGGUGUUGCGACUGACAAAGAGGCUUCAAGCUUGAUUUUAGCCUCUAGGACUGCUGUUGUGGACUUGGCUGCAAUGAAAAGUCUGUCUGCAGAUGGUGAGUCUGGUGCAGCAUGCCCAACUCAGACCUCUCCCAGUAGUGAGGCAGAGGUGACAACUAUAAAUACACCCAAGGGCACUGUGGAUGUUGCACCUGCAGCUAUUGGAGAAAUGCAGCAAGCAGACAUGAAGGUCAUGGCUGAACCGCACAUGUUUCAAGAGAACACCAAUGCUGGGAAUAAGCUGGGUAAAACUCUGGGAAAUUUCUAUGAUGAUGCAGCCGUUGUGCCUGUAGAGAGUAAGGCACUUGGGAUGAGAGAGUUGGGUCAAGAAUGGUCACAAACAUCCUUGAAUAACAGUGAUACAGGAGCAGAAAUGGGCAGUGCAGAACUAGACUUUGAUGCAGGACAAAGCGAUGCAAAACUGCAUGAAACUGUUAGCUCUGAACCAUUUAUAGAUGAUAGAAAAACAACAAUAGAGCAGAAUAAAAAUUCUAGAGGGGAAGCAGAGAUAUACAGAAAAUUAGAGUCAUCUUUACCAGCAUUAAGUGAUGAAAGUGUCAAUACAAAUCUUUCAACAGACAUGUCGUCAGAUACGGGAGGGUUUGCCACUGCUGAAGGAAAACCUAUUACUCUGUCAGCAAAAGCCAAGGAAAAGGCAGUAGCUUUGUGGAAGGCUGUGGAAAAAGAAAUAAGUGGAGAGGAAUCUGCCUUUGGUUAUGGUGGUGAUGGGGAACUCAGUUCAGUGAAACAGAAAGUGAGUGAGAAAAAGCUAUUAAUUUUUGGUGAAAAGGAUAACAGAAUGCUGAAUAUGGGAAGAGAGAACUCAGUCUUGUUGGCUGUAGGAUGUGAUGGUCCUAGUAGACACGAAGAACACACAGUACCGGUAGAUGCAGAAGUCUUUCGUCAUAAAGGUUUUAGGCCUUUUAAAUCACCGUUGUUAAUCAAGAAGACAGCGAAGAACAAUAGACAAAAAGACAAGACACUUGAAAAACCCAAACUGGAAGGCACUCCUAUCAUAAUAGUUGAUACAGAGGGUGAUGAAAGCAAAAAAAUAAUCCCAGAUAAAGGAAAUACAGCCAUGCACCAAGAAACAGACUUCCACCACCCACCGUCGAGUGUCUUUCCCGCUGCCGAGGGUAGUUCAGUUAUAAAUGCUCAUUCAAUGAAAAUGCCUUCAGAUGACUAUUUUGAUGAAGAUGAAGGUUGGGGUUUGAUGCAAGGAGAACUUUUGUUAGAUACCCAUGAAACCCAGAACAUUGCAAACAUUAAUGUCACUGAGAGAGAUAAUUCCAGAAAACCUAAGGAACAAUCUUUGUUGUCUCGUAGCUUCUUACUGGAAACAGGGCAUAAUGAAUGUUCACCAAAGAAGCAAGGUCAGUGUUCAUACACAGAGCCUGCAGAUGAUGGAUUAACAAGUAAAGCAAGGGAUUCCUGCUGCUCUGGUGCGCUUUCCACAAGAGACAGUCUUGACCAGAAGCAACUCAUAACCAAAAUAGAAGCUCACAAUCAAAGUUACCCUGUUAAAUGCAUUGGCACAAAUAUGACAUUGAAAACAAAUGGUAAAGACACACAGGAAAAUUGUAAAGAACCCCAAUCUUCCCAGUCCAAAUCAGACUGCAAGCCAGCCGGAUUUUCAGCAUGUAGCCUUGAUCCUAACAAGCAGAUUGAAACUGAGUUUUCUGAGCUUGUCAGUGACAAUAUUGAUAGGCAAGGGAUGUAUGAAGAGUUUUCUGACGAGGCACUACUAGAAGCAUUUUCAGAUGAACCCUUUGACUUAGUCAGGCGUGAAGACUGUUCAUUUGUUUUGGAAGGAGAGCCAUGUAUGAGGCAUGAUAAGUUACAAGAAUUUAAUGAAAGUUGUUUUCUACAAACUGCACCAGACAAAAACACAGAAUGUUUACCCACGGAUAUGAUGGUAGAUUUAUAUUCUGUUGGUGCAAAAGAAAUGAUAGAUGAUUUAUUGUCACAGAAAUGUGUGAGUGACGUACAGAUGGAAGAUAGUUGCUUGAUGGAUGACAAAGAAGAAGAUACUGAAUUAGGCCUUAUGGAGCAUGAUGUGACAAACGUAAAUGUCGCAGAGAACCAGUCACUGGCCAGUCAAGUGGAGCUAAUGGACAGGGUAUUUGUGGAAAGCCCAGGCAGACCAGAGGAAGAUUGUGAGCCAGUGUUGCCUUGCCUUGAGGAUGUCUCAGACAAAAUAAGGCAACUACACCAAAGUACCAGCAAAAAGAGCUCAAUGGUAUUAGUAAACAACCUGAAUAACCUUGAAAAACGUGUCUCAGCUUCUGGUGAUGGGAACUCUGUCAACAGCGAGUCAAACCAUCAGCCUAGUAAUGACCAGGAGGGGUCAGAGAACAGUGAUGCUAGUCCUGCAGAUUAUUUGUCAGACCUUUCCUGGAGUAACUUUACUGGAGAAUCCCAUAACAGUCAGCUGGAAGAUCAAGAUAAUCAGAAAAGAGAGAUGUCUGGUCCUGAGAAACACAUGCAUACACAGGCUAACCUUGUGACUGCAGAGUCUACAGAAUUGUUAACACAAACAACUCAAAAUAUCUCUCAGCCUGUCAGUGUGCAACUAUUGCCAGAAUUUGGUCAGAAUGUUGAGGAUAAAGUGAGUGAAGUACCCAACGGAAAUGAGUUGUGUUGCAAAUUCCAAGGCAGUAAUCAUGUAGGCACUGCAAAAAUCAGCCUUUCAGUCCAUGAGUUUCAAGAUAAAAUGUUCUCAAGUAAACCAUACUGCGACAGUUCUAAAAAUUUUCUUUUGGCAGAGCAGAGUAUGAUGGAACACAUUUCAUCAAAUCAGAAUAAUGUUACCAGACCAUCAAAAGCAGAAAAUGAAAUUGAUUUUCUUUCACUGUGUCACAGGACCUCAAGUUUGAGCUUCAUGAGGGAUUCAAUGACUUGUCAAACAGCAGAAAAGAUGAGUGAUUUUUUCACAGCCAGUAGAAUAUCAACGCUAGUUUCUAAAAGUGCUUUAGAAAAAUCAAAAGAUAUACUUGAUGUUGAUGUGACUUGCAAGAAUGAGAACCAUUGCAGACAAGAAUCAUCAGGAAGAGAGGUAAAGGAUAAUGAGGCAAUGGAAGUUGUGUCAUCAAUCAGAAAAAAUAUGUUGGCAAAUGGUGCACAAGACAAAGAGGCUCCUGCUACAUCUUUUUUAUUUCAGACUGCUAAAGGAAAGCCUGUAAAGGUGUCAAGGAAAUCAGUGGCCAUGGCCUCAGUUUUGCUAGAUGUUGGAGAGAUGGAAAUGGAUAGAUCAUCUGAAGAAAAUAGUCAUCCAGCUGCCAUCUUCUAUUCCUGUACUACAUCUGGAGUCUUGAGAUCAGGUGUUGAAAGCACACAAAAGUAUGAAGUCCAAGAAAAACAAACUGGAAUUGCUGCAUCUAGUAUUCAAGAAAAGGAGCAAUUUCAUUCAUUUGGUGGGUUUUGCACUGCUAGUGGAAGCAAAGUCUCAGUCAAUGAGAAGUCUCUGCAUCAUGGAAGAAAGUUGUUAGAAUCUUUAGAGGAUGGAGCAAGAAAUGCUUACGGUAUAAGAGCUGUGGAAGCAGUUAUAAAUAUUUCUGAGGAUAUUGGGAACAGUGCUUUGCACACAGCGAGUACAGAUUUUUACAAAUCCAAAGUAUCUCUCAAAUGCAGAAAAAAUUUGAGUUGUGAGACCCGGAACUGUUCAGAAGUGCUUUCAAGUGGGAUGUUAAGCAUGGAAAAUAGUUCUGAGUUUAGUUGUGCAUCCUUUCAAGGUUUUAAAACUGCUAAAGGCACAGUGGUGAAUGUGUUAGAGAAGUCCUUGAUUGAUGCCACAAAAUUGCUGACAGCUGCUGACAACGAGGCAAGUCUUGGCAGUGAUGACUUGACCAAUCUGACAGAUGUUUGGACACCAGUAAACCCUGCAAAAGGAUUUCACGUUGAUGGAGGAAAAAAAGGCACAGUUUCAAAAAAAGUCUUCCAAGGUGACUCUGCUGAAUCAGAGGGAGGUGAUGAGAAAAUGGGUGCUGAUCUACACGUAGUUGUGACCACAGAAGUGCAGAGUUUGUCUGAGGCUGGAUGUCUCUCUAACCUCCACCAUGAGGAAGGUUUAUCAGGACUUGGGGAUGAGACAGUUGGACGGUGUUUUGAUGGGUGUCAUGAUACUGAGGCUAGUGACAGCAAACUUGUUUCUCACCUUCUCGAGGAAGAAAAUGUUGGUUUCCAAACUGCUAAGGGAAAAUUAAUCACAUCUUGUAGUGAAGGUUUGAACCAAGCACUGAAGUUGUUUGAUUCUGUGUCAAAAGACAAUAGAAAAGAUUCUGAAAAUCUCUGGCAUCAAACAGGUAACUUGGAACUCUGCUCAGGUACAAAAGCUGAUCCUAAGCAAGGUAAAGAUGUUAACGAUUAUGAAGCAUCUGUUAGUACACAUACAGAGUUUAUUGCUGGACAGUAUGAGCCUUUUUCUAUAAAAAGACCUGCAGGGACUGGUUUUCAGACUGCACAGAGUAAGCCUUUGACAGUCUCAAAAAGCUCACUUGUUCAGGUGCAAGAACUAGUUGUAUCUAGUGAUGCACCAAGCCUUCUAAAACAUUCUAAAGACAUUCAGAACUCAUCAAUGUGCAUACAUUUUAGGACAGGGGCUGGUAUACAGAUGAAGGUUAGUGAAAAAGCUUUGGAACAUGCUAGAAAAGUUCUGGAGUCAUCUAAUGAUCAACAGCGUGCCUUGCAAGAUGAGGAAACUGAGACAGUGCCAACAGGAGUUUCUGAUAUGGAAUUCAGUUUUCACACUGCAAAAGGGGCAAGUGUCGGUGUCUCAAAGAAGUCUCUGGAACAUGCCCAGCAGCUUCUGUUGAGUGUGGACAAUCUCUCUUCCUUUGCUGAUCAACAAUCAAAUAUAGCACAUACUGGAUCAGUGAAGAAAAAUUUACAGGUUGUGAGUUCACCAAAUGCUUCAUGCCAGAGAUCUUAUAUUUCAAACUAUGAUGAAAACAUUCCUUUAGUUUCAAAGGAAAAAGGAAGUUUGACUGUUGAAACUGCAAAUCAUAAUGAACAACAGGUUGAGCUUUCAACCUUGCAGAGGGACAGCAGAAUCUGUGAAGAUGGACACACCAAUGAAGGGGUUGUGAUGGUGAGUAAAUGUCAUGACAGCAGAUCAGAAUUGGAUGAAAGAGAAGGGGGAGACUUGCACAGUUCAGGCCCUCAUGGACAGCAACCACAGAAUCCCAGGCAUAAAAAUGCCAUGGAGAAAGUGUCUACAUCCAGUGUUCAGCUGGUAACUGAAGUGACUGAAAAAAGGCUGCUAUGCAAGGAUGCCAAAGAUUCUCCAGAUAAUUCUGGCACAAUGAAGAGAGCUAGCAGCAGCCAAAAACCUAACUUUCAGCCUCCUUUCAAAAAAGCUAAAUUUGUUCCCCCAUCCACAACAAAGAAAAACCAGACCUUGGACUUAUCUCAUGAAAAACAUUGUUAUGAAAUCUCAAGGGACCAGCCAUCCCUCCAGAAUGAUAAAAUGUCAAGCAAUAUCCACUUAAGAGAGGAGGAAUUUAGCACCAGUUCCUUGACAUUUGCUACACCUGAUUCCCUGGAGGAAGCCAGACUGCAUCAGGAAAAGAUAAUCAGGCACAAGAAACGACAGAAAGUAAAGCCUGUGAAGGGAAAAUGGUUGACUCUAAAGCAGAUGCAGAAGCAGAUCAAGCUCAGAGAUCUGUACCUGAAUCCUAAAGGCCUCAGCAGCCACGAGCUUAUCCACGCUGGUGUCAGUUCUACUGUCCUAGGAGUCAGCAGUCACACAGCUGAAGAAUACAGGUUUUUCCUGCCAGCUUUUUACCCUAAUGCAUCAACAGGCAUAUUGGUUGGGGACAAUGCUUUGCUGGUCUGUGAUGCAUUUGGAUAUGCUGGCAAAGAGGAAUUCUAUAGAGCUUUCCUGACGGUAGAUGGUGUUGAUCCUAACUUAAUCUCACAGGCCUGGGUGUACAAUCACUACCGCUGGGUUGUGUGGAAAACAGCUGCCUAUGAGGUGGCUUUACCUCGUGUAUUUGCUUCCAGAGCAUUGACACCGGAUAUAGUGAUGAUGCAGCUGAAGUAUCGCUAUGACAGGGAAGUGGAUGCUUGCCAUAGGAGUGCUUUGAAGAAGAUUGUAGAAAGAGAUGACACGGCAUGCAAGCGUCUUGUGCUUUGUAUCUCUGACAUCAGGCUGCAAAAAGAGGAUGAGACUGUUAUGAUGGAGGUAACAGAUGGCUGGUACAGAAUAUGGGCUAAACCUGACCCUGCUCUGCAGCAGUUGAUUGACAGGAAGAAAAUUAAGAUUGGUCGGAAAAUAAUUACGACUGGAGCGGAGCUGGCUGGGUCCCAUGAUUCAUGCAGUCCCUUAGAGAUACCCACUGGACUUUAUCUGAAGCUGUGGGGCAACUCAACACGUCCAGCUCCAUACUGGUCACGGCUGGGCUAUCAGCCAUGUCCAGCAUCACUGUGUGUACCACUAUCAUCAGUCGUGGCAGAUGGUGGGCUGGUUGGCUGUAUAGAUGUUGUUGUUGUCAGAAAAUACCCUAUCAUGUUUAUGGAAAAGCAGGCGGAUGGUAGCUGUGUAUUUCGCAAUGCUGAGAUGGAGGACAGAGCAAGGCGUUGCUAUGAGCAACAGAAAGAAGGGGCCAUGGAAAGACUGUGCGCAAAGCUGCAGGUGGAGAUGGAGAGAGAAGAUGCUACAGCCAAGGCAAAGCGAAAAAGGCAUUCCUUGGGCAGCAGAGAAAUUAAGGCCUUGACAACUGGGGCGGAACUUUGUGAGGUUUUGGAUGGUGAAAGCCAUCCUGAAGAAUUGCAGGCAAUGCUCACUGCCACUCAGAGAGACCAGGUAUGGGAACACCGUCAACGGCAGCAAGAAGAAAGGCAAGCACAGUUUAAAUAUCGCCUUGAGCGGGCUUGGAAUGAGUCUACCACACAGGGAGAGAGGAUUGUGAGUCCUGUACAAAAGCUUCUAGUGGCUGGGUGUUGUAGGCAUGAUGUUGACAAAAAGACAAGUGCAUUGUUGACUGUCUGGCGACCAGGCUCUGACUGGGAAGUAGUGAGCGAGGGACAGCGCUACUGUAUAUUCUCUCUCACAGCAUCAUCAAGGACUCGACAAUCAAGGCAUGGCAUUCAGCUGACAGCAGGACGUCAAGUACGUCUACAAAAUAAACCAGUUGAUGAGAACCUUCUGGGUCUUGUAUAUGAACCCAGGGAGGUGUGGUCAGUAUCAGAUCUGCAACAAAGGAAACCACUGUACAAUGAAAUUGAUUUUACUGGUCGUGUGUCAGACAUUGUAUCCACAAAGCCUGGAAGUGAUAGGAUACAUGCAGUGGACUCCAAUGGACAGCUGAUCACUGUGUGGUUCUGGGGAGGCCUGCAGGCUUUUGGUCUACAAAACUUCUUCAAAAAGGGACUAGCAUUUUCUGGCUUCAACUUGUACGUGCGGAAUUCAGGUCAAGAUAGAGUUGAAGUCACAGCAUUUCCUGAAACAUCAUACUUCACUGUCACUUCUAGAUUCACUGACCACUAUUCAGAUAAACACAGAAAACUGUCCUCUGGGGAGCACCCUGAUAAUUCUGAGGACACAGCUACAUCUGUGGGGCAGUUCUCGGAGAGUCCAGAAACCAAACAGAGAAAAGCUGUCCAAAAGCAAAAACUCUUUCGCUUACAGUCCUAUGGAAAACCUCCUCCACUUACUCCUCUGCCCAACUGCAUGUCUCCUGCAGCAGCAAAAGGAUUCAAGCCUGUGAAGAUGAGAAAUGAUAAGAUGUUGCCAUGACUUCCAACCUUGUUGAUUUAAACUUGUGAAGCUUUAUUUACUUUUGAAUGAGAAUUGCCCUGUUGCAAAUGAGUUGCUAGGUCACUGUUAUAUUUAAAUAAAGUCACCACUGGUUGAAUAACUGGUGAUAUGGAAUGUUAGGCAAGUUUGAAGUCAGCAGUUACAUCUGGUUUAGAAAGAGUAUUAAACUAACAAUAAAAUCUUUGGUAAUUUAAGACCCUCAGAGUUACUGAUGGAAACCUUGACUAAAGCCUUGCACAGUGCUAGUUCCAUGAGUUUGAGAGCUGGACGUCUGAUGUGGUCAAGAAGCUUGACCGAAGUAAUGGAUACCUAAGCUUAAUAGAUAUUCUGUUCAAAGUUCACUGGAAUUUCCGUUUAUUUGUGUCAUGCAUGUUACUAUCUGAAUGUUGAGUUCAGUAUUUGUUUAUUGUGUCAAAUGUGUGUGUAUGUGUGUGUGCGCGCUAUGAUGUUAGUGCAUUCCCAAUCUCAAUGCAAGUCUUCACAUUAUUGUGUUUACAUUAACUAGUGCCUGCUAACCAGUAUGUCAUGGUUAACUGGUUUGGACCAGGAUUUUUGUCAGGAAUAGAGUUAACCCUAGAUCUGUGCUAAAUUCAAUGGGCAUUUAUAUCUGUACUUGUUACAUUUUCUUUAAGGGGGGGGGGGUUCUUUUACAAUCUGGCUCAGUAAAAAUUGAUUGAAUA